AUGGGAAUGGUUUUUGGUAAAAUCGCCGUGGAGACUCCCAAACACACGGUGGUCAAAUCCGGCGACGGCUAUGAGAUCCGUGAAUAUCCUCCGGCCGUGGCGGCGGAGGUCACUUACGAUCCUUCCGAGUUCAAAGGCGACAGAGACGGCGGCUUCAUGGUUUUGGCCAAGUACAUAGGCGUGUUCGGCAAACCGGAGAACCAGAAGCCGGAGCAAAUCGCCAUGACUGCUCCGGUGAUCACCAAGGAAGGCGAGAAGAUCGCCAUGACUGCUCCGGUUGUGACCAAGGAAGGAGGAGGAGGGGAGAAGAAGAUGGUGACGAUGCAGUUUCUGUUGCCGGAGAUGUACAAGAAGGCUGAGGACGCGCCGCGUCCGAUGGAUGAGAGAGUGGUGAUUAAGGAGGAAGGAGGGAGAAAGUACGGCGUGGUGAAGUUCAGUGGUAAUGCAAAUGAGAGUGUGGUGAGUGAGAAGGUGAAGAAGCUGAGGAGUGAUCUUGAGAGAGAUGGGUUUAAGAUCACCGGAGAGUUCGUGCUUGCUAGGUAUAAUCCGCCAUGGACGUUGCCUCCUUUCAAGACCAAUGAAGUCAUGAUCCCUGUUGAAUGA